CAUAAGCAGCGGUGUGCGGUGCUUGAAGAUCAGCUGGUGGACCUGGUGGUGUACGCCAUGGAGCGCUCGGAGACGGAGGAGCAGUUUGACGACGGCGGCACCAGCCAGUUGCUGUGGCAACACCUCUCCAGCCAGCUCAUCUUCUUCGUCCUCUUCCAGUUUGCCAGCUUCCCACACAUGGUGCUGUCUUUACAUCAGAAGUUGGCGGGUCGUGACCUCAUAAAGGGUCGUGAUCACCUGAUGUGGGUGCUGCUCCAGUUCAUCUCCGGCAGCAUUCAGAAGAACGCGCUGGCAGACUUCCUACCCGUCAUGAAGCUCUUCGACCUGCUCUACCCCGAGAAAGAGUGUAUCCCCGUGCCGGACAUCAACAAGCCCCAGUCCACACACUCCUUCGCCAUGACCUGCAUCUGGAUCCACCUGAACCGCAAGGCCCAGAGCGAAACUAACAAGCUGCAGAUCCCCAUACCACACUCACUACGCCUGCACCACGA